AUGGACCACAAACCGCUGCUGCAGGAGCGGCCGCCCGCCUACAACCUGGAGGCUGGCCAGGGCGACUACGCGUGCGGCGCGCCCGGCUACGGCGCCAUCCCGAGCGCGCCCCCGCCGCCGCCCUACCCCUACCUCGUCACAGGGAUUCCCACCCCGCACCCCAGGGUGUACAGCAUCCACAGUCGGACGGUCACUCGGUACCCUGCCAACUCCAUUGUCGUCGUCGGAGGCUGCCCGGUGUGCAGGGUCGGCGUUCUGGAGGACUGCUUCACCUUCCUGGGCAUCUUCCUGGCCAUCAUCUUGUUUCCCUUUGGGUUUAUCUGCUGCUUUGCCUUGAGGAAGCGGAGAUGUCCCAACUGUGGCGCGACUUUCACCUAAGAGAACACACCUGGCUUCCGGAGGGCCAGCUAUCUUUUCUAAUGUAAAUGUUGUGUACAGUAGUUUUAUUUGACUAAGCUUCAGGACUGUUUUGUAAAGUGAGGUGGGAUAGCAUUGGCAUGUGCCAGCUUAGGUCUCACAGAGGGUGGGAGGCAACACUGCUCUCCAGGUUAAUAA